GUAACAGGGCGCCCUUGAUACCUUACUACAUUUCCUUUUGUAUACCACUUGUUACUCUCAAUACAAAGAAUGCUGCAGACGCGCGCCCCCGUCGUGUCGCGCCCGGCCAUUGGUCGCGCUGUGCGCCCCGCCGCUCGCCCCGUCGUUCGGACCCAGGCACUGUUUGGCUUUGGCAAGACUGCCGAGCCUGAGACGACCUCGGAGUUCUACCAGUUCCAGGUCAAGGACAUUGACGGCAAGAACUUUAAGCUAUCGUCCCUCAAGGACAAGGCGGUUCUGGUCGUGAACCUGGCCAGUGCUUGCGGCUUCACCCCCCAGUACGCCGAGCUUCAGGACCUGCAAGACAAGUACGGCAAGCAGGGCUUUGUGGUCCUGGGCUUCCCCUGCAACCAGUUCGGCGCGCAGGAGCCGGGCUCCAACCAGACCAUCAAGCAGUUCGCCAAGUCCAACUACGGCGUGACCUUCCCCCUCAUGUCCAAGGUCGACGUGAACGGGCCCGGCGCCGAGCCCCUGUUCGACUGGCUUAAGACCCAGAAGGGUGGUCUCCUGACCUCCGAUAUCAAGUGGAACUUCUCCAAGUUCCUGAUCAACAAGGAGGGCGACGUGGUUGGCCGGUACGGCUCCACCUCCUCGCCUUUGUCGCUCGAGAACGACAUCAAGAAGGCUCUGUAAAGUACGCUCUGUACCGUAUCAGGGUAAUGUACGGCUUCACCGCGUUAUAUUCGAGUUUAUAGAUGAGUGUAUCUGGUUGGAGUGUGUGUGCGGGCAAAGCUGGGGCAGGAGCACGCACGCCUGAGAUGGCGUUGUUGCCUCGAUCUUGACUAGCAGCUGAGUGAUGCGUGGGGCGUAUGGCAUUUGCGUCAUGAUUGGAGAGUGUGUGGGAGUGAAGCAUGCGAGCAGUCGAUGGACAGUCUGUCUCUGCGCGAGCCCUGCUGUCCUGAGAGGUCGUCUGUUUUGAACGCGGAGUUGGCGAGAGCCACGGAUGGCCCUAAUACCGUGGGGGCAUGUCGCACCCGUGGUGGGCACUGUACAGCAUCCCGCUGCAAAAGACGAGAGAAAGAGAGUGGUAGAGAGGGAGAGAGUGCAUUCAAUGUGCAUCUGGGCCACCUCGCUGAUGACAACUAGCUCCUCAGUAUCUGUUGUAGCCUUCUCUCGCGUCUCCCGACCGCGAGCGACUCCAUUUGCGUCUACAUCUGGAUGAGGUUGUGGUCAUGUCACGCGUACGGCUGGGCCAAGUGUAAUAUUAUGCCGUG